GCCCUGCCCCCCGCAUCUCAUUUGCAUACAUUAGGGCCGCGGGAGCCGGGCGCAGGUGGGCAGCGGCGGCUCGGGGCGCACGAUGCCGGCGGGGCUCGGGCUCGUCCUCGUCCUCCCCGCACUCGUCCUCGUCCUGCUCCGCGCUGCGGGGCCAGGGCUGGCACAGGAGGUGCAAGCUGAGAACGUGACGGUGGCAGAAGGCGGCGUGGCCGAGAUCAACUGCCGCCUGCACCAGUACGACGGCUCCAUUGUGGUCAUCCAGAACCCCUCGCGCCAGACCCUCUUCUUCAACGGCACUCGCGCACUGAAGGAUGAGCGGUUCCAGCUGGUGGAGUUCACGCAGCGCCAGGUGCGGAUCCAGCUCUCGGAUGUGCGGCUGGAGGACGAGGGCGGCUACUUCUGCCAACUCUACACCGAGGACACCCACCACCAGAUCGCCACCCUCACUGUGCUUGUGCCCCCCGACAACCCCAUCGUGGAAGUGAAGGAGCAGGCAGUGGAGGGCGGCGAGGUGGAGCUGACCUGCAUCGUGCCUCGGUCCCGCCCGCCCGCCUCUCUGCGCUGGUCCCGUGACCGGCGGGAGCUGAAAGGUGUGAGCAGCCAGGAGCAGCUGGGGAAGGUGUUUGCGGUGCGCAAUGCGGUGCGGUUCCAUGUAGAGCGCAAGGACCACGGCGCCAUCGUCACCUGUGAGGCCACCAAUACAGCGCUGCGCGGCCAGCGCAAGCAGACCCAGUACCAGCUUGAUGUGCAGUACUCCCCUGUGGCACGGAUCCACCCCUCGCAGGGCAUCCACCGGGAGGGAGACACCUUGGUCUUGACUUGCGCUGUCAAUGGCAACCCACACCCCACGAAGAUCCAGUGGAGCCGGGCCAACGACUCGCUGCCGGAGCGGGCUCGUGUCGAGAGCGAGGUGCUCACCAUCCCAGCGCUCAGCCUGCUGGACAACGGCACCUACGCCUGCCAGGCCGCCAACAAGCACGGGCGUGCCUCCGACCAGUACGUCCUCGUCGUCUACGACCCGGGAGCCAUCGUGGAGGCGCAGACCUCCGUGCCCUACGCCAUCGUGGGUGGGAUCCUGGCCCUGCUAGUCUUCCUCGUCAUCUGCGUUCUCAUCGUCAUGGUGUGGUGCUCCAUCCGGCAGAAGGGCUCCUACUUGACGCAUGAGGCGAGCGGGCUGGACGAGCAUGGCGAGGCGCGCGAGGCCUUCCUCAAUGGCGGCGAUGGCCACAAGCGCAAGGAGGAGUUCUUCAUCUGAGUGGGGUGGGGGGCGGGGCCAGGCUGGGAACCCCGCCCCUCCUGCCAGGCCCCGCCCAGGGAAGCUGAGCCUCUUCCAACCAGUUGUAGGGGGGAGGCACGGCCCCUAACAGGAUGGCUCUGUCCCCUGGGCAGAGGCCCCGCCUCCUCCCAUAGGCCCCACCCCUGGGCUGAGGCCCUGCCUCUUUCUACAAGCCACGCCCCUCUGCCCCCUUUAGUCCUGCCUAGUGCGCCCCCCCCCAACGUCACAGGGGCUGUCAUUGCCUGUCUGGAAGCUGCGGGGGGUCUCAUCGCGGUCUUGGAGGGGGUGGAGCUGCGGGGGGGCAUCCCUUCCUCUUGUAAAUAGGUUCAAGGUUGCCAGCUGGGCAGGGGUGGGAGCCUGGAUGCCUGGGUUCCUUCCCCAGCUCUGGGCAGGCAGUGGGGCCCGCCCGGACGCCUGGGUGCCGUCUGUCCCGGGCCGUAAAAUGCAGGUUGGACUCUUUUCUUCAAAGCCAUGAGGGUGGGGGGGCGGGGGGUGUCUGUGGGUCUGUGUCAGUCUGUCCUCGUCAUGUGACGUCCGUUCCAAGCACAAGAGCUGCGAGACGGGGCUGGGGGGGGCAGUGGGGGCGGGGGCCCAGGUCCACCCCUCCCUGCCCCUGGGUCGGCCCACACCCAUCCCAGAGCAAGCUGCAGCUUGGGGGCCCUGUGAUGCACACCCCAGAGCCAGCCGCAUCCGAGGCCUGUAAUACCAGCUCCGACACCCAUCCCAAGGCCGGUGAUACUAGCUGCAACACCCCCCCCAGAGCCAGCUGCCCCCCAGGCCUGUGAUACCAGCCCUGGUGCCCAUCCCAGAACAAGCUGCACCCCAGGCCUGUGAUACCAGCCCCUGUGCACAGCCCAGGUGCAGCUGCAUCCCAGGCCUGUGCUGUCCACCCCAGAGCCAGUCACAUCUCGGAGCCAGGCCAGUGCUUCAGCACUUGGGGAAAUUAAACCUGUGUUCCCCCCCCCCAAAUCUCCCACUUCCAUAUGGAACAAAUCCCACACACACGCCUAGCCUGCCCCACCCCCGUCUCCAGAUUCUUCUUUUCUAUUGUCCAUGUCGCGAAAGGGGAGAUGCCGCUAAAGGAAAUGGGAAAUAUAAUAAUUAAUAUAUAGGGGGGGGGCAGGGCUCCCGGGGCCCCUGCUAUGGCCCCCCCGCAGCGAGAGUUAAUAUAUAUGUAAAUAUGUCGCCUUUUAACCACGUUUGAUACUUCAAUAAAUUCCCCUGGAUUAAUUCUUUUAACACCA